GUUAUUCGGCGCGUGUUUCAUAAAGAGUCCCCACGAGUUUCUUCUCUCUGUUGAACCUAGUUUUCUCUGAGCGUCUUUACUUCCCGGUGUCACAAAACGCUCCGUCGCUUUAUAUCCCGAGUUGUGUGUUUGUCCAACAUGGGAAAAACAAACAGGAAGAGGCAAAACUAUAAAGAUGGACGACCGGAAGUGAAGAGGAACAGAGAUGAUGCUGGCUGGGGUGCAGGUUACGCCGAAAUCGUCAAGGAAAACAAGCUGUUCGAGCAGUACUACCAGGAGCUGAAGAUCGUUCCCGAUGGAGAAUUCGAGCAGUUCAUGGAAGCCAUGAGAGAACCGCUGCCUGCCACCAUCCGCAUCACCGGCUACAAAAGUCACGCCAAUGAGAUCCUGCAUACCCUGAAGGAGAAAUAUUUCAAAGAGAUACAGGAUCUGGAGAUCGACGGGCAAAAGAUUGAAGCUCCUCAGGCUUUAAGCUGGUACCCGGAUGAACUGGCAUGGCACACCAACAUGAGCAGGAAGAUCUUGCGCAAAUCUCCACUUCUGGAGAAGUUCCACCAGUUCUUAGUGAGCGAGACUGAAUCUGGAAACAUCAGCCGCCAGGAGGCGGUCAGUAUGAUUCCUCCUCUCCUGCUGAAAAUCGAACCUCAUCACAAGAUUUUGGAUAUGUGCGCAGCUCCAGGAUCAAAAACCGCUCAGCUUAUAGAGAUGCUCCAUUCUGAUAUGAACGUGCCCUUUCCUGAGGGUUUUGUAAUCGCGAAUGAUGUGGAUAAUAAGCGCUGUUACCUGCUCGUGCAUCAGGCUAAGCGGCUGAACAGUCCGUGCAUCAUGGUGGUGAACCACGAUGCCUCCUGCAUCCCACGACUGCAAGUGGAGAACAACGGCCAAAAGGAGGUCCUGUUCUAUGACCGGGUGUUGUGCGAUGUUCCCUGCAGCGGAGACGGAACAAUGCGAAAGAACAUAGACGUGUGGAAGAAGUGGACAACCAGCAACAGCCUCCAUCUGCAUGGGCUGCAGUUGAGGAUUGCGGUGCGUGGCGUGGAGCAGCUAGCUGUAGGCGGCAGGAUGGUUUACUCCACCUGCUCUCUGAACCCGGUCGAAGAUGAAGCGGUGAUCGCCUCCCUGCUGGAGAGGAGUGAAGGUGCCCUCGAGCUGGCUGAUGCCUCUGCUGACCUGCCUGGUCUGAAAUACAUGUCCGGAAUCACAUCCUGGAAGGUGAUGACCAAAGAAGGGCAGUGGUACUCUGAUUGGUCCGAAGUUCCCUCGAGCCGUCACACUCAGAUCAGACCCACCAUGUUCCCGCCUAGUGACCCUGAGAAACUGAAAAGCAUGCAGCUUGAGAGAUGUAUGAGGAUACUUCCUCAUCACCAGAACACCGGCGGCUUUUUCGUGGCUGUGCUUGUGAAGAAGGCACCCAUGCCGUGGAACCGCCGCUUUCCGAAGCUCCGGAAUAAAGAGGCCACCAGCACCACGAGCGAAGAAGCGCAGGCUGAGGAGGCAGAGGCAGAGAGAGACUCCGUUGUGGAAAACCCUCCAGAGACCGAGGCCAAGAAAGACGGAGUGUGUGGUCCUCCACCUUCAAAGAAGUUGAAGCUCUUCGGCUUUAAAGAAGAUCCCUUUGUGUUUCUGACGGAGGAUGACCCAGUCUUCCCCCCCAUCCAAACGUUCUACGACCUCUCUCCAGACUUCCCCAAGCUGAACGUCUUGACCAGGACGCACGAGGGAAAGAAAAGGCACUUGUACAUGGUGUCCAAGGAGCUCCGCAACGUCCUGCUCAACAACAGUGAGAAAAUGAAAGUGAUCAACACGGGAGUGAAAGUGUGGUCGAGGAAUAAUGAUGGGGAGCAGUUCGGAUGUGCCUUUAGACUGGCCCAGGAGGGUAUCUACACUGUGUGUCCCUACAUCAGAGCACGUGUGAUCACCAUUAGCAUGGAGGACGUGAAGGUUCUUUUAACCGAGGAGAAUCCUUUCUUCAGCAGGCUGGGUGAUGACGCUCACGCCCAGGCCAAGAAACUCGAAAUGGGCAGCAUCGUUCUAAGAUACGAGCCCGAUUCUAAUGAUCCCAGUGCUCCUCAGUGCCCCAUAGAUCUUUGUGGUUGGAGAGGAAAGACCUCGAUCAGGGCUUUCGUGUCCCGGAACGAGCGCUUCCAUUACCUGCGCAUGGUGGGCGUGGAGGUCUUCCGUGACAAGCAGGGAAAAAAGGACGCAGGUGCUGCAGAAGCUCCGGAUGGAGGCGCAGGAGAAGCUCCGGAUGGAGGUGCAAUAGAAGCUGAGGAUGGAAAUAGGUUAGAGGAGGCAAAGAAAGGACAAGAGGAAGGAGACCUGCCGAAGGAGAACUCGGAUGCUGAACCGAACGGAUCCUCAGAAUCCGAAAUAAACAGAGCAGAGGAAACGAGAGGUGUUUGAGUUGGACUGAACCAAACUGGAAGAGCUGGGGGAGGUUCUCCUGCCAAUAAAACCUUCUAUGGUCCAUAUAUUUUGCCAAGCAACUCAGUAAGUCUGUUUAGGAAUCAAAACUAAGGUUUAACUCUCUAUUUUUGUAAGUGUUUAAUGGCUCUAUUUUAUUUGAAUCUAAUUGGACCAUCGAGACGUCGACCUGUGAGCCGUUCCAGUGCUCCCGUUUUUAUUUUGUUCCAUCGAAUUCCCCCAAAACUGUAUUUCAUUUAACACCUGUAUGUGUUCUAUAGAAUGUAAAUACAACUUUUAUUAAAAGCUUUAAAUCUGA